AUGAUUCCUGAACUCGAGAUUCUGGAGGUCAAGGAAUGUAUGAAGAAACUGGAAGACAGACAACUCUUGGAUUUGCAUGAAAUGAAAUAUGUGAUAAGUCCUAUCGAUGAGCGAGGGAGAUCACUCGUUUGUGAUUCCAUGGCUAAUGCGGAAGGUGCCUCAUUAGCCAUGAGAGGGACCCAACGAUUUGAUCAACUGAGACUGACCGCUCCGGCACGUAUCAGUCGCGAGACGAUGAAAUGCCAUCAACGCUUUGGGAUGAGCGACAAUAAAAGUACUCCACAUUUGGGAAUGUUUGCACGGGCGGGUCAUGAUCUAAUGGCAACUCCAGGAGUGUUAUUAGUUUAUUGCAAUAUCAUGGUCAAGGUCAUGGCCAGCUAUCCCUUUUGCCCCCAAUCGCGAAAAUACUUGCAUCGACUCCUCCUGGGUAUAGCACAGGCGGUUGCCAGCAUGUCUGCAAUUUCACCAAUUCCUACAACCGUGGCCAAUACCAUCAAAAUAUGUAACUACAUAAACUCCUUGGGUUUCUCGCCCAAGGAGUUUAUGGUCACCUUCUUGUCUGCGGACAAUCCCGACCUCAAUUCGCGGAGACGCCUAAUGAAAGUUGGCCUCGGCGCCAAGCAAACCCGUUCGAUCGUCAAGAACCUAGGGAGAUUGACAAAUACCAGCGAUCAAGGGAAAGGCACGUGGGAAGAGUUAGUUUUUGAGGAGGCAAGCAUCAUUGUCAACGCGCAGGAAGUGCCGCGUGGGCAUUUUCCUGCUGGAGCGUAUGUCAGCUCAAGUAGGAUCACACCCGACUUUUUCGGAGAGAGCGCUGAAAAGAUUCGAAACGAACAAGUGCGCACCGGGAUGAGAUUUCUGUACCGCCUGAUACACAGCAAAAUCGCCGCGGCCCUCAAACAAACGGUCAUAGAACCUGACGACCACGACGAAGUUCUAGACUUGCCACCCUCUUCCGCCGACUCCACGCCAACUGAGACCCUCGAGAUUGAAGGUGCCCUCGAUGACACCACGGUAUUGUCACUUGAAAACAUGGUAUAUGUAAAGUCGACUCCGGCAGAUAACGCUGCCCAUAAACUCGCAACCGUGCCCGUAAUGGUCUGCUCGAUGAUAGCCGGCGUGUGCAACCGCCGGAGCAAUGCAAUCGCCAUGGCGAAUGGGCUGGUUGCAUUCGCUGGUGGGGUAUCUUGUCGGGUGAAGUGCUCUGAGGAGGCAGACGGUCUGGCGGCGUUUUUGGUGGCUAUGGGCGAGGCGGAUCGAAAACCUGUCAAUAUGUCCCUCUUCUCACCUGGCCCAGCAGAGGCAGCACAUUGGAAAUUCGUCAUAAAGGCACAGCUGGCCAAGGCUUUGAUAGAAUAUUCGACCCACAUAGAGGCUGCUCCAGACCGACAUAAAUUAGCGCCUUGUGCGACCCGACCUCCGGCGGUCGAUCCUAUUCCAAUGCACCAGCCCAACAUUCACUUUUUGCGAAUGAUGGACGCCCCCGACUCUUCUGCCGAGGGCGUCACACGGGUGUUAGACCAGAUCAAGGCACAAAUUGCUGUCGAUGAUGACACUUACGCUGAGAAACUAUUAGUUGCCGGGGGCGACGUCGGCUCGAAUCUUCUCGUGGAAAGCUUGCGAGUGAAGCGGUUUCCACCCAUUAAUCACAUCGAAGGAUUUGAAUGGGUCCUUUCUGUUUUUGGAGGCGCUCACACCACCUGGAACGUGGCGAAGGCCAUUUGGGGAAUGCACUGGGGAAACUCGGACGACAAAGAUAAUACCGGUGUCUGGCGGUCAUCGUUUGCUUUGGGCGGGGAUUGCAAGAAGCCUCCAGCAUCUCAGGAUUUCAACUCCAUCAUGCGCUCUCUGCAACAGGUGCAUAAAGCCAAUAUGGUAUUCAUCCUCAAGUCAGCAGAUCAUAGAUCUGAAAUCUGGAAUCGACCUAACCUCAAAGGAGGCGUGCGAGGACCUUUUUGA